ACUCCAAAUCCGUUUCUCCUGUUCCGCCUAAUCAUCUGCGCGUCCACGGGCCCGCGUCGCCUCCCCAUUCCGCCCAAAGCACGAAAGCGCCCAAUCCCGCAUCGAUCCUAGACUAGGGUUUCCCCCGCUCGCCGCCGAUGAAGGGCGGCCGCCUGCACCGUCUGCAGCCGCAGGCCCACCUCGUCGCGGCGGCCGCCCCCGCCCCUGCGCCGACCGACGAUUGGGUGGACGGCUCGUGGACGGUGGACUGCUCCUGCGGCGUCACGUUCGACGACGGCGAGGAAAUGGUCAGCUGCGACGAGUGCAACGUGUGGGUGCACACGCGGUGCGCGCGCUACGUCCGCGGUGUGCACACCUCCUUCUCGUGCCACAACUGCAGGUCCAAGCGCGCGCCCUCCUCUUCUGCCGACGAGGCCGAGGUCGCCGAGCUCCUCGCCGAGCUGCCCACCCACCCACCACCCCCUCUAUACUGCCGCUGGGCUGAGGUCCCGCUCCUCGCCCGUGUCCACGUACACGGGCUCCCUGGCGGGGGCGACUCCGCCCUGUUCCGCAGCGCCCCUUCCUUCUCCGCCGCUCUGUGGCGCUGCACCGGCUAUGUUCCCAAGAGGUUCGGCUUUCGCUACUGUGAGUUCCCCUCCUGGGAUGACGACAAGGACGGCGCGGAUGCUCUGUUUGCGAUGGCCAGAGAGAAGUGCAGGGAGACGGCGGACACCAGGUCCCUCCUGGUAUGUGCCGAACCGAAGGAGAAGCAUUACGUCCGGAGCCUAAGCGGCUGUGGCAAGAAAGUUGACAGUGGUCAGCACGCAUUGCCUCCUCUGACCGAGGCUAAGAAGAGAGAGCCUGAUACUUGGGAGGAUGGGUGUCAGCAGAGAGAGGGUCGUGCCGUGCCAGAUGCUGUGCAUGAGGAUCAUUACACCAAAACAAAUAUGGCCAGUUCUGAUUUACAAGCUGUUUAUACCAAGAAGAAAAUGGCGGAAUCCUUGGAACAGAGUGGGGAUAAGAAGUGCCCCAAGGAAAUUCCUGGGAUGCUGAACAAGGAUGAGCAAAAGGACUCCUUGAAGUUGGAGGCCUCUGGAGUUAGAACUACAUCAUCUGUGGCAGAACAAGAAGUGCACUCAGGAUUCAUCGGGGUAGAGGUUAGCAUGUAUAAGCAACAAGCAGAAGGGAAUCAUAGUGCGGGCUUAAAGUCUGGCAUAAUGAAUCUAGGUCCCAACAAAAUGCAUGACAUGCGGGGCCUUCAGAAGCAAUCAAAUCAAACUUCAAAUCUGCAGGAUGUUGCUGGCGUACCAGAAUUGCAGAUUGUUCAGUCAAAAUCACAGAUUAUUAGAACAGAGCCUAGUUCACAGGAAAAUGAGAUAGCUGAUGCUAUCCAAUUAGUAAGUGAUGACUAUAAAAGUGAUAAACAAGGUCUGGGGGAUACUGCAGGUUCUUCAAUUGUUCAAAGAAAUUUAUCCAAGUUAACAUAUGAUUCAGUAUGUUGUGAACAUCCAAAAUCUGAGACAGAAAAUCCGAUGCACACAGUUGCGGAGCAUCCAAACUUGUUUUCCAGUGUUGGAAAAGUUUGUACAUCUUUUUCUGGUUCUAUAUCUAUACCAUGCGAGUUAUCACACUCAUUGGUAUCCAAAGAACUGUCAUCAGCAGGGAACACUGACCCUUUAACAAAAAAGGAACUGGUCUCACCUACUGACAGCAAACAUGAUUCUGCAAAAUUAUCUGAAGAAAGUUCCCAGGAAGUAACAAGGUGCUCUGAGAAAGUUCAGCUGAAAGGCUCACUGCCUUCUGCACCAAAAUCAUCUCAGGCAAGUAGAAUAUAUGUGUCCAGAGUCAAACCUAGAUUACCAAUAUCAAAGGAGCAGUCACAGAAGACAGCCACCACCGGAGGCACCUCAGCAAGACCAUUCCAUGGAGAAGCGCCACCACUGCAAUCUCGUAACAAGGCAGUGCCUUCCAGUUCUUCCCAGAAAAAGGACAAGAUGCUCCAGCGCACUAUUCAUGUCACACAGGACGGUUGCAAUAAUUCGACUGAGCUGCGAACAUCUGAUUCGACUGCUUCGCUGAGUGAUGAACAGCUUGCAUUAUUGUUGCAUCAACAAUUAAACAGCUCCUCUAGAGUACCAAGGGUGCCACGUUGCCAUCAAGCAUCUGGUACACAGAUGCUGCAUCCAACUGGUGCAACUGUUGUUUCAAAGCGGUCUUCAGCUCAUGGAGGAAGGGAUCAUGCAACGGUUUUAAAGAAGAGAAACAAAGAGGAUACAUUGAAAGAUAGUGAGGAUACCAAGAGGACAGAAAAGGCGCCUUUUGUUGAACAAAGACAGAGAGAUUCUAGUGCAGAACAUGUUCCUUCUGUGAAGGACUCAUGCAGAUUAGCUGAAAAUAUAGCAUCAGAACAGAUCAAUGAUGGCGUUUGUUCAACUGGAGCUAACACUGGUUUAGCAAAGGAUGAUUCAAUGGAUAGUAGUGUUUCACGAAGUCUACCUGGAUUGAUUGAUGAAAUGGUCAGUAAGAACAUAAAUAUAACUUAUGGGGAACUGUGUGAUGCUAUUCAUGAGCAUUUUAGUGAUUUAAGAAAAACCAAUGAGGAAGAUUAUUCAUAUCCCAGCUAUUUGCAUGCCAUCAAUGAUUGUCUUAGGAAAAGGAGGGAGUGGGCUCACCUUGUUGACCAGUCUCCAAAGACGAAUUCAAAUAAGCGUCGAAAAGGGGAAAGUGACUCUUUGUUGGCUGAUGUACUGGAAUCAGAUAACAUGAUAAAUGGACCCAAAAGGGAUUCAGAAGAGGAAAGUGCUGAUUUGCAUCAAGAAGACCUGCCUAGAGGCAAACGAAAGGCUCUGAAACGCAGGCGACUUGAAGUCAAAGGGAGGACGGUCAGGGAUACGAGGAAGAGAUCUAGCAUUGAUUCUUCCUCGGAAGAUGCUGCUGCCACCUUCUCUGAUUCCAGUAGUGACAGAAAUGAUACCCCCAUGGAUGACGUUAACCAAGAAAAUAAUCAUGUUGCUCCGGGAACUGGUGGUUACAUGGAAGCUAAGAGUGCAGAUUCAAGUUCAUAGGAAGUUGAUCGAUGCAGUGCUGCUAGUAAAUGCAUGACUGAAACUGAAUCAUGUGGCAAAUGUUCUUUCUGGUCAUCGAAUUUGAUGGGUUUCUUUUGCAUCCAAACGGAAAGAAAAAGUGGGUACUGCAGCCUGCAACACCAUUCCUUGAACUUGAAGUUGGAACACGAAAUGAAUCAUCAGAGUUUAUGCCCAGCAAAUUUGUUCUUAUGUGUAACAAUAGUGUAUAUUGGUUGUCAAAUUUCUGGUCUUGUGCCCAUAUGUAAGAACUAGGGUAGUAGUAUCUUGAUGCUAACAGCGAUGAGGCAUGUUUGUUCUGCUUAGUUAUCAGGCUUGUGAUCGUACGAGUUGGGAUCACAACACAUUGAAUGAGCGUGGUGGAAUUGGAAUUCAUCGUCCCUUACACCAAAGUUAUUUAUAGCCAUGCCUUUAACCA